GCGUAGCCCUUGCUGGCGAGCCUGCCCGGCGUUCCUCUUCCGAUCCCUUCUCCGUUCUUCUUCUGCAUAUCGAGGCCAGCGACGUCCACUUGGAUCGGUCGGCGAGGCUCACGCGAGUGAAGGGCACUGAGGAAGGAAGAAGGACUCAGAGCAUGGCAGAAAACAGAGAACCCCGCUGUGCCAUCGAGGCUGAGCUGGACCCUGUGGAGUACACCCUUCGGAAGCGACUUCCCCACCGCUUGCCCCGGAGGCCCAACGACAUUUAUGUCAACAUGAAGACUGACUUUAAGGCCCAGCUAGCUCGCUGCCAAAAGCUCCUGGACGGAGGCACUAGGGGGCAGAACGCAUGCACUGAAAUCUACAUUCAUGGCUUGGGCCUGGCCAUCAACCGGGCCAUCAACAUCGCCCUGCAGCUGCAGGCGGGCAGCUUUGGGUCCCUACAGGUGGCCGCCAAUACCUCCACCGUGGAGCUGGUGGACGAGUUGGAGCCAGAGACUGACUCUCGGGAGCCCCUGACGAGGGUCAGGAACAACUCAGCCAUCCACAUCCGAGUCUUCAGGGUCACGCCCAAGUAACUGAAGGGAGGCUGACUUGGACCCACCAAGGCUUCUGAGCACACACAUCCAUGUGGCCGAGGUUUCUAGUGCUUCAUAGUGGCUCUUGUUCUGAGUUCUGUCCUGAGCCUCUUGUUACCUUGUUACUUCAGCCUAGAGGACUGAGAAUGGAGAGCCCGAGAAGUGAAUCUUCCUUGUCCUGUAUAAUAAAUUAUUAAGUUGUGUUGGU